CACCUAUCUCUCUAAUGUAAUAAUCGGUGACAAGUUUUCCCCGUCUAUUCCGUAAGCUUUCCGGGUACGGAUUACGGAAUUUAACUCUGAAAAACAAGUGUACUUCCUUUUCCGGUUGGUUGUUGAACGAAAGCAACCAUGGCCCCCAAGAGGAACAAUAUUGUGCCUAAUGGGCAUUUCCACAAAGAUUGGCAGAACCGUGUCAGAACUUGGUUCAAUCAACCCAUGCGCAAGAAGAGGCGUAGGGCUACACGUGUUAAGAAGGCUAGAACUAUUGCCCCAAGACCUGUUGCAGGACCUUUAAGGCCAAUUGUCCGUUGCCCAACUAUCAAGUACAACACAAAGAAUCGUGCUGGUAGAGGAUUCACCCUUGAGGAACUGAAGGCAGCUGGUGUUUACAAAAGACAAGCUCUGGCUAUUGGUAUUGCUGUAGAUUAUCGCCGUAGAAACAGAUCUAUGGAAUCACUUCAACAAAAUGUACAGAGAUUGAAGGAGUACAAAUCUAAAUUGAUUCUUUUCCCCAAGAAGUCAAGCAAGCCAGCCAAGGGUGAUGCAACUGAAGAAGAAAUCAAGAUGGCAACUCAAUUAGCCGGUGCUGCAGUUAUGCCAAUUAGACAGUCAGUACGCAGAGAAAAGGCCCGUGCUAUCACUGCAGAUGAAAAACGUUACAACCCAUAUGUUGCUCUUAGAACUGCUAGGGCUAACAAGAGACUUCAAGGUUACAGAGAAAAGAAGGCCAAGGAAAAGGCACAAGAAGAUAUCCCGUCAGCUAAACCUAAAAAGUGAUCUUGAUGUUACUUGUACAUUCAAUAAAGAGAAAAAAACUGA